AUGAAGCUGCUGUCCAGCCGCAGCCCUGCAGCAGCAGCAGCAGCAGCAGCAGCAGCACAGCAGCAGCAGCAGCAGCAGCAGCAAGCAUAUCAGCUAAUUCGGCUCUGCAAGCCGCUGCAGCAGCAGCAGCAGCACCAGCAAAACAGCAGCAGCAGCAGCAGCAAAAAUAGCAGCAGCAGCAGCAGCAGCAGCGGAGGAGAGCUAGCAGCAGCGGAACUGCUACCAGGAGCAGCAGAAAGAACAGCACCAGCUCCACCAAAACAGCAGCAGCAGCAGCAGCAAAACAGCAGCAGCAGCAGCACCAGCAGCAACAACACCAAACUGCAGCAGCAGAACCUCCACCACAGAAACAGCAGCAACAAAAACCAGCAGCAGCAGCAGCAGCACCGCCACCACCGAAACAACAACAACGCAGACCAGCAGCAGCAGCAGCAGCAGCAGCAGCAGCAGCAGCAGCAGCAGCAGCAGCAGCAGCAGCAGCAGCAGCAGCAGCAGCAGCAG